AUGGUUGCAACCUGGUUGAUGAAUUCUGUUUCCAAGAAGAUAGGACAGAGUUUACUCUUCAUCUCUACUGCUGAGGGUAUUUGGAAAAAUUUGCUGGCUAGGUUUAAGAAAGAUGAUGCACCUAGAGUCUAUGAUAUAGAGCAGCGUUUGAGUAAGAUUGAGCAGGGUUCUAUGGAUGUCUCGGCUUACUAUACGGAUCUGCAUCGUAGUCGUGUGACUAAGUUCUUGAUGGGAUUGAAUGAGUCUUUUGAGAACACUAGGCGUUAUAUCUUGAUGCUUAAACCUAUCCCGACAAUUGAAGAAGCAUUUAAUAUUGUUACCCAAGAUGAGAGACAAAGGAUGAUUAAACCUUCUUCAGCUAUUGAUCAUGUGGAUUUUCAAGCUACGACUUCUAUGACUCAGGAUGUUGCUUCUGCUCAGUCUCUUGCUAAUGAUGCUUACAUUGCUGCAUACAACACUUACAAGUCUGCUCAGAAACCCGUUUGUACUCACUGUGGAAAGCUUGGUCAUACGGUGCAGAAGUGCUUUAAGCUACAUGGAUUUCCCCCUGGAUAUAGAACCAAUUCUGGUUAUAAACCAAGAGUACAGCAGCCUUCCUCUCAAACUCAAGUUCAGCUGCCUACUCAGACGACACCAACUCCUUCUCAGACUGCAAAUGCAAUUGCUAAUGUCUAA